CAGUUUCUGUGUUUUAGAAAUGGCAGUGGGAGGGGGAUGUCUACGGAAGCCGAUUUGAGCGGAUUACGAAACCCGGAAGAGAAUGAGCAAAACUACCAAGUGGCUGUUACCAAAGAAGUUAUGAGCGCUCGGUAGAUGUUGUCCAUCAGAUUCUGUUUGUAGUAGAUCUAAAAACCGCAAACUGGGAUUUUACCACUGCCAGCCAUCUGACGUAAUGAAUUACUGAACAUUGAGUUUUCAUUAUUCUGGUAUUUUUCUACGAAUGUUAUCGCUAGCAGAGUGUUUGCGUUAGCCACCAAGGUCAAGGGGUUUUGAUGAACACGUGCGGUUUUCUACACUGAGAUUAGGUUUAUUGUUACCUUUGUCUAUCACCAAAAUGGCUGGGUUGAUUAAUUUUGAGGAUGAAAAAGAAGUGAAGCAGUUCCUGGAUAACUUAGGAGUUGAAUAUAGCUACCAAUGUCACCGCGAGAAAGACCCUGAAGGUUGUCAGCGACUUGCGGAUUACCUGGAGGGAGUCAAGAAAAACUAUGAAGCCACUGCACAGAUUCUCAAACAUAACUGCGAGACUCAUGGACACGGCGAGAGCUGCUAUAAACUUGGGGCUUACUACGUUGCUGGCAAAGGUGGAUUGACUCCGUGCCUCAAGACAGCCUACUCCUGUUUUCAGCAGUCCUGCAAAGCCGACGGGAAGAAAUCAGUGGAUGCCUGCCAUAAUGUGGGGUUGCUGGCCCAUGACGGGCGGGCCAUGGACAAUGGCCCAGAUGCCGGUGCAGCCCGGGAGUAUUACGAGAAGGCCUGUGCUGGGGGCUUUGCUCCAAGCUGCUUCAAUCUGAGUGCCCUGUUCAUCAAGGGCUCCCCAGGACAAGAGAAGAACAUGCCACUGGCACUGCAGUAUGCCAUGCGUGCAUGUGAGCUGGGACAUGUGUGGGGCUGCUCCAACGCCAGCCGCAUGUACAAACUCGGGGAUGGGACGCCCAAAGAUGACCAAAAGGCAGAAGACCUAAAAAACAGGGCCAAGGAACUUCAUGGACAGCAGAAUGAGCGACAACUGAAAUUUGGAGAGUGAAGGAAGAUUGAAACUUUACUGAAAGUGACCGAGCAGCUGUUUCAAGGAAAACAGUGUGUAUUCUGAGUGGAAUCUGAGUGGCAGUGUAGUAAUGUGGUGGUCAAUGGUGACAGAGCUGUACAGUUUGUUUUAUGCUCAUUGGGAUAAGUUGUGUCAUACAUUUCCAAUCAGAGCUGAAACUAUUUUUACUCAAGUAAAGGGAAACAAUUUUUACUCAAGUAAAGUUUUGUUCGAACCACUCUGCAUUAAAUACCAAGGAACUAAAUAUGAAAAUAAAUAUUCAUCUGAAUCGAA